AUUUCAUUCACCUCCUGAUCAAAGAUGGAUCUGCAAAUCUCAGUUUUUCUUCUGUUCAUUCUUUUCGCUGCAGGACACUCCUUCAGCUGUUAUGAGUGCUCAAGUCUGACGGGUUCUUGUGCAAGUCAAAUGGUAAAAACAUGUCCCAGUGGAUUUUCCCAGUGCAUGAGUUCAACAACAGUGCUACAAGAUGGUGGCAUCAGUGGUAAAGCGAAGAGUAAAGACUGUGCUGAUGAUUGUAUAAGUGGAUCCAUGAACAUCGGCACUGGAAAGACGUCUUUUGCGUGCUGUAACACAGACCAGUGCAACAUCCUAGAUGCUCCAGAUCCCUCUAAUGUCCCCAAUGGAAAAACAUGUUACUCUUGUGAUGAGAAGAGCUGCUCAAACAUAUUGAGCUGUUCCGGGAGUGAAGACCGCUGCCUUAAAGCAACAGGGACCCUCAGUGGCCAGUCAACAGUUGUAAAAGGCUGUGUCUCUAGCUCUUUUUGUGAUGCUCAAAGAUCAGUUAGAGGUAUUGAGAGUGCCUCAUGCUGUGAAGGGAACCUGUGUAACGGUGCUCCGAGUGUCACCCAAAGUUUCCUGUUCCUCUGCUGUUCUUUGCUCUUCUUCAUCCUGCUGCAGUGAAUCCAGAAGCUCUUCACAUUCUACAAUAAGUACAGAGCUUGUACUUUCUCUGUACUAUGU